UGUCCGUUUCUUCAGUUACCAUUGCUAAAUAGUCGGUGUAGUAACAGCAAAUGAAUCAAUGGUACUUUAACGACUUCAAAGUAAUUUCUACAGAAUACAUAGAACACGAUUUGAUUAGUCUUUAUUCGAUUACACUACUUUCAAAUGGCCGAAACAAAUAAAGUUGAAGUCGUCAUAUCGGGUAUAUCUGGUGUAUUUCCGAAUAGCAACAGCGUGGAUGAGCUAAAAGAUGUACUUUUUGAUAAGAAAAGUGUGAUCACUUUAGACUCGAGACGUUGGCCUAUAGAUGAAUAUGGGAUAUUAUCUGGCGUAGGUAAAGUAAACAAUAUCGAUCGAUUUGACAAUGUUUUUUUCAACAUGAACGGCAAACUCUGCGAGUGUUCAGAAACUGUGAUCAGAUUUACUUUGGAAAGAGCCGUAGAAGCAAUAAUCGAUGCAGGAAUAAAUCCAAGCGAACUGUAUGAUACUAAUACGGCAGUAUUCGCCUGUUCUUCUGGGAGUGAAACUGAUACCAUUUCAAUGUAUGACGAAACCAGGUCAGGGUUUGCCAUUCUCGGUCACAACAAAGCUAUGCAAGCUAACAGGCUGUCGUAUGUCUUAAACUUGAAUGGGCCCAGUUUUACUAUGUUCUCCUCUUUUGCUGGCGGAGCGGAUGCACUUGUAAUGGCAAAGCAAAUGAUUGAGAGCGGUCAUAUUAGAACUGCGAUAAUUGCUGGUUGUAAUUUAGUACAACGGCCCAAUAUAUCAUUACAGUUGAAAGGAUUAGGAGUCCUUACUGAUGGAAUGGAGACGAAAUCUUUCAGCGAUGACGCUUGUGGUUUUAACAGAGCUGAAGCUUGCGUAGCUUUGUUACUGCAAAAUUCUUCAGACGCUAGACGGUCGUAUGGUACGUUGUUGAGUGUGAAAAUGGAACAAAUAGGAAACAACACCGGAAUAUUCACUAAUUAUUCUAAAGACUACAGUAAACAAAUCAUAGUGGAGGCAUACAAAGAAGCAAAGAUUAACCCGGCUGACGUUUUGUUUGUCGAAGCUGACGGCUAUGGCGUUAAGGAUGUUGAUGCGUUGGAAUUAGAUGCAUUACAAGAAGUAUUCUGUACUCCGGACAGAAAGGAACCCCUUAAAAUCGGAUCGAUAAAGAGCAAUAUAGGCCAUACCGACGUCGCGUCUGUAUUCUCUUCAAUAACCAAAGCGAUUAUAACCAUGGACGAUGGCUAUUUCCCACCCAACAUAAACUACUCAAAACCGAAUCAAGACUCAAAAGCUCUUAUGUCAGGACAAAUUGAGGUUGUUACAGAAAAAACUCCAUUUAAAGGCGAUGUUGUUGGGAUAAACGUGUUUGGAAGAACUGGAAAUUACGGACAUAUCGUCUUAAAACGUCACGACAAACCAAAGAAAAGGGUUUAUCAAAAGAACGAAAUAUUUGAUGACGGAUUGCCAAGACUGAUUUUACUUUCUGGACGUAACGAAGAGGGCCUUAAACAUAGUAUAAAAACGAUGGAAAAGUAUAAAAUCGAUGAAGAAUAUAUUGCGUUGCUGCAUAAUGUGUUUUCCAAAACAAUUAAUGCGCAUUUCUUUCGAAGUUUCUACAUUUUGCCUGAGACGAAAUCUAGAGAAAAGGAUAUUUACCCCGUGACAUUGGAAAAACCCCCAGUCUGGUUUGUUUUCUCCGGAAUGGGAUCACAAUGGUUGGGUAUGGGUACUCAACUUCUAAGCAUUCCAGUGUUUGCCAAAGCCAUUCGAAAAUGCGAUGCGGUUAUGCGGCCAAAAGGAAUCGAUAUUUUUGAUAUUAUCACCAAUCUCGAUUCCACCAUGUUCGACAAUAUACUAAAUUCGUUUGUGGGAAUAGCCGCCAUACAGAUUGGUCUUGUCGAUGUGUUAAAUGCGAUAAACAUCGUGCCCGAUGGUAUGGUUGGCCAUUCGGUCGGUGAACUCGGAUGCGCCUAUGCCGACGGAUGCUUUACUGCCGAAGAAAUGAUGUUGGCCGCUUACAUGAGAGGACGAGCUUCAGUGGAAACCCAGCUUCCCAGUGGGAUGAUGGCUGCUAUAGGUCUUGGCUACCAGACGAUCAAAUCCAAAUUGCCCAGUGACAUAGACGUUGCCUGUCAUAAUUCAGGAGAAAGCUGCACCAUCUCGGGGCCAACGAAGAGCAUCAUCGACUUUGUCGAACAGCUGAAGUCGCAAAAUGUGUUCGCUAGAUCUGUUAACGUCUCAAACAUUUCGUUUCACAGUCGCUACAUACAGCCAGCAGGUCCCACUUUAUUUAAGUAUUUGCGAAAGAUCAUACCAACGCCAAAACCCAGGUCGUCGAAAUGGCUGAGUACUUCCAUUCCGGAAGCGCAAUGGGACUCGGAACUAGCGGCCACGUGCUCAGCUGAGUAUCACACCAACAAUCUGCUGAGUCCUGUAUUGUUUGAAGAAACCUGCAAAUACAUACCGAAAAACGCAGUUGUCAUUGAAAUCGCCCCACAUGGACUUUUGCAAGCAAUUAUUAAACGUUCUAUGACAGAAGCCGUUCACAUUCCGUUAACUCAGCGCGUGUUUGGAGAUUCUAUUUCAUUUUUAUUAACCGCCAUUGGCAAAAUGUACGUUCAUGGUUUAAAUCCUAACAUCAGUGCGCUUUAUAGUUCAGUUGAUUUUCCAGUUUCGACUGGUACUGCGCCUUUAUAUACAUUAUGCGGAUGGAACCACACAGAUGAAUGGAAGCCUAUUGGCUUAGAUGCAUUGUUGAAAAAAAAUAGAGGAGAAAGAUAUGUAUCAUUAAGUCCGUCUAAAAAUUCUUCGAUAGAAGACUAUGGAAUACUUGGAUGUCAUAUUAUACCUUUUUCGACACUUCUGUAUUACGUAUGGGAGUCCUUAUUAAAACUCAAGGGGCAAAAAGAGUUUACCACACCAGUUAUUUUCCAAGAUAUCGUGGUCCAUCGACAUGUCAUUCUGAAAAAUAAUCAACAUAAUGAAAUUUAUUCAACUAUACAAGCUGGAACAGGACGGUUUGAGCUCUGCUUGGAUAGCGAUAUAAUAAUAACAGGAACCGUAAAAGUUCCGAUCGAUUCACACGACUUAAAUAAAUACUCAGAAGAAACAAAAAAAUCACAGCAGGGCACACCUCAAGUUUCGUAUAACCAUGGAGAGAUAUAUUCAAGCUUUGAUCAUUUUAAUUACUGUGCUGGCGAUACAUUUAAAAAACUAAAACAAAUCAACGUAUACGAAACCGAAACAGAAAUAGAUGCCAUUUUGACUUGGGAUACAAACUGGUUCCAUUUUCUGGACGGAUUAUUACAGCUGCCGACGUUAUACAACAUGGAAAAAUACGGUGAGCUCUGCUAUCCUGUGGCAGUAAACGAAGUUUUCAUAAACCCAAUAAAAAUGAACGAGCUUAAGUGUAGUGAUGUACGCGUAAAAUAUAACGUACUUACGAAUAAAGUCACUGCUCCUGGCAUUGUAUUUUCACUUGUAGAAUGCGGGAAACUACCCUUAGAACCGUCGAUUAAAAACGCGCUGCAGUUUAAUGAUCAGAGAGUUAUCUUAUUGGACCAGCCCAAUUUAAAAGACCAAAACGAUUUCCUCGACGUUUCCAUGGAUCUCAUUUUUGAGCUAACACAAGUUAGUGAAUUCGGAAAAAUUACCAUGUAUCCAAUUUAUGAUGCAAAAGACCAGGAUUUAGUGACGUAUACCGAACACAUUUUAAAAACCAACAGUUUCGGAAUUCAAUUGGUGCAAGUUGAUACAAACGUGAAAGUGUUAACCAGCAACUCGGCCAACUCGCAGUGUUUUGCGAUUACUAGAGACGAACACUUAACUAACGUCAUGACACUGUUAUCGAAACAAAAUAACUGUCAUCUAAUCGUUUUAUCGAAAAGUUCUUUAAACGGCAACGAUGAUUGGACAGUUGUAAUACAACAAAGAUUUGGUAGUCAUUAUUUGGCAUUAAUAAAAAAAGUUAUUAAAACUGGAACACAAAGUAGCUUUGUCACGUUUGAAUUGAAUAGUGAAAACAUAAAUUGUUCCGACAGUAUUCAAAACUCUUUAAAAGAUAUUAAUAAUACCGAAAAACUCAUUUGUAUUACAUCCAGAGUUAUACCGCUGAAUGGGACGUUGUCGUUGGUAAAACAAUUGAGCUCAGUUUCAAAUAUCAGAUUUUUCUUUGUUCUGGAUAAUUCGAUUUCUGACUUUACUGUACAAGAUCCGUUUUAUGCUAAACAAUUAGCGAAAGAUUUGUUAUUAAAUAUUUAUUUAAAUAACGAAUGGUUCACAUGUAAAGAAAUGACUAUCACUUCUUCGGUUAUGCAUAAACUAGCUGAUACAUCUAUAGUCAACGACUUAGCGUAUAUGUCUUUAAACAACGUCGAUGUUAAGUACAUCGGAAUCAAUUCUCAAGAUUCUGAUGCAUGCAAAUUUAACGACGAACAUGAUCUAGGACCUAUAGAAUACUCAGGAUUGACCAUCAACGGUACACCGGUAAUGGGUAUUGCUCCAUAUGUACCGACUCUAACUAAUAUCAAAGCAGAUCCAAUACUUUCAUGGCACAUUCCUAAAAGUUUGUCACUUGAAGAUGCUGCAACCAUUCCAUUAUCUUAUUCGAUGGCAUAUUACGUCUUAAAAGAAAUAUGCACGGUAACAAAAGAUUCACGUGUACUCAUUAACGCUGGAAUACAUCCAGCCAGUCUAGCACUUGUUGCUAUAUGUCUUGAAGAAAAAUGCACACUGUAUACUUUAGUCUCAAAUUCUGAACAAGCUGCACUGCUGAAACAAAGAUUUCCUUCGAUAUCUAAUUCAAACAUAUUGUACGAUAACAAAGACAAUGAAAUCAAAGUUCUGGUGACAACAAGUAAAUUGGAUAUUGUAAUAAACUGUCAGGACGGAGAAGAUGCAAAUAGAUUCUUACGUCUAACAGCUCUACAUGGAAAAUGUGUAUUUUUAACAAAAAACAUGGUGUCGAGUAGAAAUAAAAUGGGUCUGCGCAAGUUCUUGUCUGACAUUUCGUUCUAUGUAAUUGGGCCAAAUAGAAUUAUAGAGGAAAACGACCACACUAAAAAGAAUAUACAGAAAUCAGUACAGCUGGCUUUGAACAAUGGUGUUAUCAAACCAUUCUCUAGACAACUUUUCAAAGGAGCGUGCACUACAAUACAAGCGAGAAAAAAUUUAGAAACGUUUUCACGAGAAGCCGACUGCAAACGAGUGGUUAUUUCCACGUCAAGCGCAAACAACAACAGCAACAAUAACGCGAGUAACGUUAAGUUGACCGAUGAAUUCUAUUGUUAUCGGGACAAAAUAUACUUUGUUGUUGGCAACGGAACCGACGAAUGGCUAACGUUGGCUGAAUGGUUGAUGUUGAGAGGCGCUCUUAAAAUAGUCGUGGCCUUGGACAAAUGUUCUCUGACGUCCAGGACUUCGUGGAAGUUUAAUAUUUUAUUGGACCGUUUCAAUGGGGUUUCCGUGAAAUUGAUCACUCAGACUUCGAUGAACACCACCCAAGCGUCGUUCAGCUUGUUGGACGAUAUAGUUGCCAAACACGAGUUGGCGGCGGUAUUUUUUGUAAAAAACGUACCUGAAAAAAUCAUCGAAAACAUGCAAUACGCUACGGAGAAGGUAUCGGCUAAGUACGAACAAAAGCCGCUGUUCGUUUGUUUGAUGUGCGGCGGAGCCAAGUCCUGUGAAUACUUCAGAGCCAAAGGCGUGAAUUCGAUGUGCUUAACGUGGGGACAGUGUGACGACAAACCGGACAUCUCGAAAAUACUACCGUCGCUCGACAGUCUGUUGGUCAAAUCAGAGAAGCUCACGUCCGGCAUAGUGGUGUGCACAAAAGACACGGACAACCAACGGAAAAUGACCAGUUUGUCUGGGACCGCGCACACUGCCAAACGUAUCAUGUUUUUGCCACAAACAACCGAUGAAUUGGAACGCAUUUCCGAGUACAUUGUGGACAAAUCAGAUUUCGUCGAAGUGACCACUAAGUGUACAAAGUACGGUCACGCCAAGGGCGCCUAUCCGGUGUUUUUCAUCCCCGGCUUCAGGCCGGUGCAAUUGAACUCGUUUUACAAAAAUUUGGGUUACCCAACAUUCGUAGCCCGGUAUCCGGAAAAUAUCGAGUCCAUUUUGAACGUCGCUGAAACUCUAAUAGAAAGGAUCACCGAAAUAACUGAUCAUAAAUCAAUCACCAUAAUAGGAGAGUCCUGGGGUGGUGCGGUCGCCCUAUUGAUGACGCAGCUGUUAGAGUCUAAAGGAUUGAUGGUAUCUCUUACCCUUCUGGAUGGCGUUCCAUACGAGUUAUUCGGGUCGUUUCGAAAUCUGCUGUUGAACAGUAACUUCAACUCUAAACUACUCUCAAAGUUUUUGCCAACGCACGCGGUCGCCAACAGCGUUUCGUCGUUGCAGGAAUGGAAGAUGAACCUACCAAAAAUAUUGCAGUCGUGCAAAAUUUCGUCAGCUAACAAAGUAUACAAGUCAUUAAAUGUACUGCGAUCACAGCUCAGAUCAUUGUUAGAUCUCAAACCCCUUUCGAACAAGAUCCUAUCCAGGGUUAAUAUAUUUACGUCUAACGAGCCUUCAGAAUCAAACAUUACCAUGUUGGAAGAGUACUGUGCCAACGUACCAAUUCUUCAUGUUCAUAAUAAUCCGGAUGAACAGAAUAUUUUAAACAACCCGGAAAUCAUUGAUAUUAUUAACGAAAAUGUUGCAUUUUAUUACCCGUAUAGCUUAAAGAAACCUUUAGAUGUAGCUUAUAACGACUAUUACUAUUAUGCCGAAGUCCAAUUGGUGGUAUAAAAUGUAAUAAAAUAUUUAAUCAAUUUGCUCGUA